CCCAUCAACAUCAACGGCGACCGACCGACCGACCACCGCAACCCACCAUGAACGGUCAGAUCAACGGCCUGCACGGCUCCUCGCUGGACGAGAGGGCUUUCCUGUUCACCUCCGAGUCGGUCGGCGAAGGUCAUCCAGAUAAAAUGUGUGAUCAAAUUAGCGAUGCUGUGUUGGAUGCCCAUCUCAAAGAAGACCCUGAUGCCAAAGUUGCUUGUGAGACUGUUGCGAAGACUGGUAUGGUCCUGCUGUGUGGUGAAAUUACCUCCAGGGCAUCUGUGGAUUAUCAGGCAGUCGUGCGAGAUACCAUCAAACAUAUUGGAUACGACGAUUCUUCAAAAGGCUUUGACUACAAGACCUGCAAUGUUCUAGUUGCUCUGGAGCAGCAAUCCCCAGAUAUUGCACAGGGUGUUCAUUUGGAUAGGAAUGAAGAAGAUAUUGGUGCUGGAGAUCAAGGUAUUAUGUUUGGUUAUGCCACUGACGAAACUGAGGAGUGCAUGCCCUUGACGAUUGUUCUCGCUCACAAACUGAACGCUAAGAUGGCAGAGCUGCGCCGUGAUGGCACUCUGUCCUGGCUUCGGCCCGAUUGCAAAACUCAGGUGACAGUGCAGUACCUGCAGGACCAUGGUGCUGUUAUUCCUAUCCGUGUGCACACCAUUGUCAUCUCUGUGCAGCAUGAUGAAGAGGUUCCCCUGGAUGAGAUGAGGGAUGCUCUGAAGGACAAGAUUGUUAGGGCUGUCGUGCCUUCCAAGUAUCUGGAUGAGGAGACCAUUUACCACCUGCAGCCCAGUGGACGUUUUGUUAUUGGCGGACCCCAGGGAGAUGCAGGCCUCACUGGGCGAAAGAUCAUUGUUGAUACCUAUGGUGGAUGGGGUGCACACGGGGGUGGUGCUUUCUCUGGCAAGGACUACACCAAGGUGGAUCGCUCUGCUGCCUAUGCUGCUCGAUGGGUUGCCAAGUCUCUGGUAAAAGCUGGCCUAUGCCGACGUGUCCUCGUGCAGGUUUCCUAUGCCAUUGGAGUGGCACACCCUCUGUCCAUUUCCAUCUUCUCCUAUGGAACAUCUGAAAUGAGUGAGAAGGAGCUGUUGGAGGUGGUGAAGAAGAACUUUGACCUUCGUCCUGGUGUUAUUGUCAGGGACCUGGACAUGAAGAAGGCAAUUUACCAGAAGACAGCAGCCUAUGGCCACUUCGGUAGGGAUAGCUUCCCUUGGGAAGUGCCUAAAAAACUUAAGUACUGAGUGUAAAGUCUUUCUCCCCAGACUUGUUGGUGUAUAAUACAGAGAAGCUGCAGGCUCUCGGGGAGAAAGGCCCUUUCCCAUAUAUCCUGUCCUCCCAUAACUCCAUACACCGUUAGUGGCAGAAUCUCUUCUUUCCCUUUAUCCUCCUGUUAUGCGGAACCUUGUCCUUAAACCCACCCACCACCCCUCCCUCCUCCCCC